AUGGACUUUGUGGAUUUGGCCAAUGGUCUUUCGGAGAUUACCGAGACGCUGCUUCGUCAUUUGACGGUACAGCAAGAAGAUAAUGGAGAUGAUGACUUUGCGCGGUUGGAGGGUGACUAUCACAGCAGUUCGUCCCAUGCUACUACAACUGCUUCAACCACUCAAGUGGCACAAGAGCAACCGGCGGCAAGUGGAUUGUCCUCCACCGGGUACUACUCUCCGGAGGAUACCAGUGUGCCCAUCUCGAGUCCGCUUUUGUCACCCACGGCAGAAGCAGAAUUGUAUCUUUUGGCUACCAAUUUCUUACUCUACGUGGCCAUGGUAAUUAUCACGAUAAUGGUCGCUAAAAUCUACUUUCCAGAAGCAUUGGAUCGAGGCGUGAGUAUGCCACAAUCCCGAACAUUUAAUUAUCGCAUGGCCGAUGCCCGAGAAGAUUAUUAUGGCUCUGAUGCCGAAGAGGAUGACGAAGAUGAGGAAGACGAUGCCAAGACGGACGAUGAUGACGAUGACGACAAUGAAAUAUUGGCCAGUGACGAAGAUGAAGACAUGGAACAGCAACAACAACAAGAGCUGGAAUUCGAACAAGUGGAUGAAACCGAUGAUUUGCUCGAAAUGCAGCAGCAGAGGCCCAGUACCAUACCCCUGACGGGAUUGAGGCCCGGUGUGCACUAUGACAGCACGCGACUUUUGGAAUUUGAACAACUCACCAUGUCCAAGACACAAGUAUUCAAACGAUUGACGCUCUGUGUCGUCAUGCUCAAUUUGACCUUUGUCACAUGGGGUGUAUUGCAGGAACGCAUGUUGACGAGACGAUACCCCCGGUACACUGGAGAAUACUUCACCUACUCCUACGCUCUCGUCUUUACCAAUCGAUUCUGGACACUCAUCAUGUCGGGAUGCCUAUGGGCAUACUUCAAACCCCGUCGUUCCCAAUCCACUGUCAUUUACGAGUACUCCUUCCCUUCCAUCUCGAAUAUGCUCAGCAGUUGGUGUCAAUACGAAGCGCUACGAUAUGUCUCCUUUCCUGCCACUACCUUGUUCAAAUCCUUCAAGCUGGCACCGGUCAUGGCCAUGGGAAAGAUUUUGGGAAACAAGUCAUACCCCCAGUACGAUUACAUGGUAGCUCUCUGGAUUGGUAUUGGAAUUACCAUGUUCAUGGCAUCCACCGACGAUAUGAGUUUUGGAUAUGACUACUUGGGAGAAAAGGCGAGUGCCAAAUGGACCGGGGUCAUGCUACUAUUCCUCUUUCUCUUUUUUGAUAGUUUCACCAGUCAAUUCCAAAGUCGCAUGUUCCAACGUCAUCCGGACUUGUCCAUGGUAGAACUCAUGUUUGGAACCAGCGCCUUUUCCACGGUACUUUCUGCUGUUACGUUGGUUCACACCAAGGAACUCUAUCCCGCCCUGGCAUUUGUCUACCAGCACUCGGAGAUCCAUUUGCACUUUUUUACCUUUUCAAUCUGCUCGACGAUUGGCCAGAUUUUUAUCUUUUACACCAUCAAGAACUUUGGAGCCGUGGUGUUCACGUUGAUCAUGACGACCAGAAUCUUGCUGAGCAUUGGUUUGUCUUGUAUCCUGUACGGCCAUGAGGUCAAUGCAACUGGUUUCUUUGGUCUGGUCGUCGUGAUGGGAGCAGUCUUGUACAGAAUAAAACGAAAGGCCGAGGGCAAGCAACUGGUCAAGUGGCAGGGAAUGGACGACGACAAAGCUCACGAGUUGGUCCGCGAAUGGCAUGAACACAUUGAGUACUAA